CUCAGCCGUCUGUACCCCCGCCCUCCCCACCCCACAGUGCCUGUGGAGAAGCCAUGGAGCUGAGCAGCAAGAAGAAGCUUCAUGCCCUGUCCCUGGCUGAGAAGAUCCAGGUGCUGGAACUCCUGGAUGAGUCCAAGAUGUCCCAGUCGGAGGUGGCCCGACGCUUCCGGGUCUCCCAGCCCCAGAUCUCACGCAUCUGCAAGAAUAAGGAGAAGCUGCUGGCCGACUGGUGCAGCGGCACGGCCAACCGGGAGCGCAAGCGCAAGCGCGAGUCCAAGUACAGCGGGAUCGACGAGGCUCUGCUCUGCUGGUACCACAUCGCCCGGGCCAAGGCCUGGGACGUGACGGGGCCCAUGCUGCUCCACAAAGCCAAGGAGCUGGCCGACAUCAUGGGCCAGGAUUUUGUGCCCAGCAUCGGCUGGCUGGUCCGCUGGAAACGUCGAAACAAUGUAGGCUUUGGGGCCCGCCAUGUUCUCGCGCCUCCGUUCCCCCCUGAGCCGCCUCCCCCAGGCCCCACAUCCCCCGCCCAACCGCCUCUUUCCCUGAAAGACUUCUCCCCAGAGGACGUUUUUGGCUGCGCUGAAGUGCCCUUGCUGUAUCGAGCCGUGCCUGGCACAGUGGGUGCCUGUGAGCGCAUACAGGUGCUACUGUGUGCCAACAGCAGGGGCACAGAGAAGCGGCGGGCGUGGGUCAGUGGGCUCCGGGCUGCGCCGAGGUGCUUCUUUGGGGUCAGCAGUGAGGCUCUGCCUGCCUCCUACCACGCUGACCUGGGUGUCCCCUGGUCAGAGUGGUUGGCACAGUUCGACGGGGACAUGGGGCGGCAGGGCCGACAGGUAGCCUUGCUGCUGGCCGCCCGAGUGGUGGAGGGGUUGGCAGGCCCGCCCGGGCUCUGCCAUGUGAGGCUCCUGCCUCUGUCUGCCACCAGCACCACACCUUCCCUGCCCACCUCCGUGGUCCGGGCCUUCAAGGCCCAUUACCGGCACCGUCUGUUGGGCAAGCUGGCUGUGGUCCAGAGUGAGAGGGCUGGCACCUCGCUGGCUGAGGCUGCAGCAGGCAUCACGGUGCUGGACGCACUGCACAUGGCAGCAGUGGCCUGGGCCAAGGUGCCUCCUCAGCUCAUCGUGCGCAGCUUCAUUCAGGAAGGGCUAGCUCCUGGCAGAACACCCCUGUCCCUGGACAAAGCCUCUGAGAUGCCACCUGUCCCUGCUGGGCUGAGCCUCGAGGAGUUUUCCCGCUUUGUGGACCUAGAGGGUGAGGAGGCUGUGUCUGGAGUGUGCAAAGAGGAGAUAGGCCCUGAAGACGAGGAGGGGGGCGGAGAGGAUGGCUUUGCACCCCUUCCCACCAAAGCCGACGCCCUCCGGGCCCUGGGCACGUUGAGGAGGUGGCUGGAGUGUAAUGGCACCUCCCCUGAGCUGUUUGAAAAAUUCUACGCGUGUGAGGAGGAGGUGGAGCGUAUCUGCUGCCUGUGAAGGGCCCCUCGCUGCUCGCCAGAGCCCCCUCCUCUCCUGUUUCCCAUGGAAACGCCCUCUCGCAGAAAGCAGAUUGGAGGCUGGUCUCUUUCCCGUGGAAAUGGAGCUUUUGUGAAAGGUGUAGAAGGGAGACAAAUUGGGAGACCAAGUCUUAGCUCUGAGCAGAAGUUGUCCAAGCCCCAAGAAGA